CUGGCUUGGGGCUUCCCUCCGCCCACCCCGUCCCGCACAGGAGACAGCGACAGCCGCCGGGGAACCCUUGUGCGUGAUGCCUGCAUCUCUCCAGCCGGUUUAGGGGGGUUGUCGUGGGCGAAGGAUUUCUGGGCUCUUCCUGCCUAGGCCUCAUGCACCUGAGCUGUCCCUUCUACACUGACCCGCUUCUAGGGGGGUCCGCAUGAACCGCAGUGCCCUGAGCUCUGAGGAGGCCUGGCACCUUCCCUGCUGGAGGCUGGGUGGGUGAGGCCUGGAGCUGGAGGCCAGCCCUUUGUGCUCAGGGACAUGGAUCUCAGGGCCUGGACAACGGCCCCAGCUCCUUGGGACACCUGGGAACUGCCUGCCUGGGCCGAAGCUAUUCCAUUAAAGCUUUACUGCUGUGCUCAUGUCAUCUCAGUGACUUUAGUGACCGCGUGUUACAACCUAGGGCACGGUACAAGACUGAGGCUUCUUGGUGUCCGUGCACAGGACUCACAAGUGAGGCCGAGGUUGGGGAUUGUCCAUCCCAGGCCCCAGCCUCCCCAUCUCUCCAGGGUCACCAUUGCACACAUACAGCCCCCAACAAGCCCACGCUCUUUCAGUCUGAGUCCAACAUGGGACAUGGAACUAGAAACCCUGGUGACCCAAGGACUUGCCACAGCCCCGCUGUCCCAGGGCCCCACCUACUCCCAGUGACAGAGGCACUCUUCUGGGAGUGGGGACAACGGAGAGGAGCACAGGCCCACAGCUGCUGGCUGGCCUUUCUGUGUCCACUUGGCCCCAGCUCUCUAACAGGCUACCUAUGAGAAGCUCCAGCUGUGACUGAGCCUCACUCCUGCACCCGCCCCUGGAGGGCAAGCGUUGGACAGAGCUGUGCCCUGCCUCCCGGUGGCAGCUGGCUGAGGCCAGUCCUGUCUUAAGAUCAAGUCACAAUGGACCAGCCCAGGGGUGCUCCCAGGGACUGCGCAAGGCUUCACAGAGUCCCUCUUCUGGGCUCUGCCUGUGGCCUCAGAGCAGUCCUUACAAGGGUAGAGGGCAUGUCUGCCCAGGGCCUGAUCCUACCUCCUAGCCACUGCCACCCAAGCAUUGUCCCUAAUCCCGUACCCUGCACCAGCCCUACACCCCUGGAGCCAAGGGCUGGUGGGAUGCCAGAGUGGAGAGCGCAAGAGCCAGGUGUCCCUGUGGGGAACCUCCAGUGCAUGCUCGCACCUGUGCAGUCAGGUCUCAAAGUUCUACACUGGAGCCUCAUGCUGCAGAUCUGUAUAAGUGCUUUUGUCCAGGGAGAAAACUAUGACAUUUUAUUUACCAUUUAUUGCUCGAACUGAUUUAUAAGCUUUGAAGGGUAGACACAUGCAGGCCCCCAUUCCUGUCCUCACACUGCCUCUGAACGUUCGGACUGGCUGCCAACCUGUGUUUCAGGGGGCCGCAGUUUCCUGGUCCCAGGCCGGUCUCUCAGGAAAUGGCCUUGGGGGCUCCCGCGUCGCUACUGCCGCUGCUGUUGCUGCUGCCAUUGCCCGAGCUCCCGCCUCGCGCCGCAGGCUGCCCCGCUGCCUGCCGCUGCUACAGCGCGACGGUGGAGUGCGGCGCCCUGCGGCUGAGCGUCCUCCCGCCAGGCAUCCCGCCAGGCACGCAGACACUGUUCCUACAGGACAACAGCAUCGCGCGCCUGGAGCCUAGCGCCCUGGCCCCCCUCGCGGCUCUGCGCCGCCUCUAUCUGCACAACAACAGCCUGCACGCCCUGGAGUCUGGCGCCUUCCGCGGGCAGCCGCGUCUGCUGGAGCUGGCGCUCACCGGCAACCGGCUGCGUGGCUUGCGUGGCGGCGCCUUUGCGGGCCUGGCCCAACUGCGCGUGCUCUACCUGGCAGGCAACCAGCUGGCCCGACUGCUGGAUUUCACCUUCUUAAACCUGCCGCGGCUGCAGGAGCUGCACCUACAAGAGAACAGCAUAGAGCUGCUGGAGGAUCGGGCGCUGGUCGGGCUUUCCUCGCUGGCCUUGCUCUGGGCACCAUCAGCCAGGAGGCCCUGCAGCCCCUGGCCAGUCUGCAAGUUCUGCGUCUCACAGACAACCCAUGGCGCUGUGACUGCGCCCUGCACUGGCUGGGCACGUGGAUCAAGGAGGGAGGCCAGAGGCUGUUCAGCUCCAGGGCCAAGAAGAUCCUGUGUGCAGAGCCGCCUCGCCUGGCACUCCAGAGUCUCCUGGACGUGCCGGGCAGCAGCCUCAUCUGCAUCCCGCCAUCUGUGCACGUGGAGCCGCUGGAGCUUGUGGCCAACCUAGGAGAGGACCUGCGGGUUGCGUGCCAGGCUUCCGGCUACCCGCAACCCCUGGUGACCUGGAGGAAGGUGCCCCAGCUUCGCGAGGGCCGACCGCGGGCCCAGGCCCAGCUAGAAGGCGCCGCGCCGGGCUUGGUCGGGCACGCCGCCUCAGACACCGGUAGCGGGAUGCUCUUCCUCACCAACAUCACGCUGGCGCACGCCGGCAAGUACGAGUGCGAGGCCUCCAACGCCGGUGGCGUAGCGCGCGUGCCCUUCAGGCUCCUGGUCAACGCGUCCCGACAGCGGGCGGCACCCCCGCUACCCCCACGCUCCCCCCCUGGCGGCCGCGAGCCCCGGGCCGAGGCAGGCAGCAUGGCCUUCCGCGAGUUGGGCCUGGCUACGCAAACGGCCAUUGCAGCGGCCAUCGCACUGCUGGCGCUGACUGCGCUUCUGCUGACCGCCAUGAUCUGCCGCCGGCGGCGCCGGCGGAAAAAGGCGCGCGGGCCGUCGGGAGAGGGCGCACUAUUCGUCAACGACUACUCAGACGGGCCCUGCACCUUCGCGCAGCUCGAGGAGCUCCGUGGCGAGCUUGGCCACGAGAUGUUCGUCAUAGACCGCUCCAAGCCCCUCUUUGCCGAGACACCCGCGGAGGCCUACGAAAUCCACUGCUGAGCUGGCGGCGCGCGCUGAUGACGUGCGGGCCGGGGACUGGCCGGCGCUGAACGCUC